UCCAUUCUAAUCCUGCAGUCUAAAGCGAAUCAGAUCAAACCCACACUCGAAACUUUCUCCCAUUUUCUGGCCAAGUCUCCUUCUCGCGUUGUCAAUGGCGACGCCCUCAAUGCUCUCGUCGUUUAAGUACGGAGAUAGCCUGAGGGUGGUGGGCAUCUCAAUAUGCACAGCCGUAGUCUGUGAAGCCAUCUCCUGGAUCCUAAUUUACCGAACCAACUCCUACAAGUCCCUCCGAUCCUCCAUUGACAAGGCCUCGAAGAAGCUUGAGACCAUGAAGACUGACACUGCCAACAAGAUCACCAAAAAGUCUAAGACGAAGAAGAUUGAUCGGGUUGAGACCAGUCUCAAGGAAUCGAGCCGCGAUCUCUCGCUUUUUAAGUUCAAGUCCGGCGCCGUCGUUGCCCUCGUCCUCUUUGUCGUUUUCGGCUUGCUCAAUUCGCUCUUCGAAGGUAAGGUCGUUGCCAAAUUACCCUUUAAACCCUUUGGACUUGUGAUGAAGAUGAGCCAUAGAGGUCUCCAAGGGGACGAUCCCACCGAUUGUUCCAUGGCAUUUUUGUACUUUCUUUGCUCUAUUAGUAUUCGAACCAAUUUGCAGAAGUUCUUAGGGUUCGCGCCGCCGAGAGGCGCUGGUGCUGGGUUGUUCCCCAUGCCCGAUCCGAAGGCCAGUUGAUCAGACUUCAUUUUAGCCUUUUAAAUUAUUGAAUCUUAGCUUUUGGGAUCGUAAACGGAACUGAGUUUAGUCUAAUUAUGGGUUUUAUCAUAUGAAGCCAUUUUUUUUUCUAUUUUUGCUUAAGGAACUAGUACAACUAUAAUUUGAUUUGGGUAUGUGGAUUUAUUUGAUUAUUGAUUAUUGAGUCUCUAAAUUGCCAUGAA